AUAAAACUAAUAUAUUGAUCAGGUAUGCAUAUAAAAGCAGAACAUGGCAGAGAGGGAACUGGGGUGGAAGUAAUCCUUCCGACCCCUGCUGACGCACCUCACUGUGUACAUGGUCCAGCUUUGCUUUUUGAGCGCUUUGCUCAGGGAGACGAUGAACACAAGAAGUUUUUUGCCUGCAGUGCAUAUAGAAACAGAAAAGACUGCUCACUUUACGUUUUGUUGGAUAAGCCUUGGUCCAAAACAAAGCUAGAAGAACGAUUGAAUAUAUUCCAAGAAGAGAGAAAGAAAAGGAAGUGGUUCGUGAGCAACACCGAGAGAUCAGCCCGAGUUCAGACCAUCAGAACGGCAGCUAAUAUGCAGUUCUGCCAGACUUGCUCUAUUUUUGUUGUUGAACCAGACGAGCCUGGGUUGCACACCGAUCACACUCUUGAGAGGACCAACUACAAGUCUGUUACAAACCCCUCUACUCUGAUGAACGCUCUUACUGCCAACGAAGGAAAUGCUCAGUAUUUGUUCGCACCUGAAACCACUGACUUCAUCACAAAACUGAUUACCGAAAAGAAGUUUUCUCAUCUGCUUUGUCUGGGGACACCUCGUAUCCACGAGAUAUUUAGUACAGGAAAGAAACCAAAGACCAUGCUACUUGAUCUAGAUGACAGGUUCAUUCAGUUCUACCCUCCAACUGUGUUCCAGCACUACAAUAUGGCCUCUAACUUCUUCUUCGAAGAGGAAGGAGAAAAGUAUCUGAGGAUGUUUUUGAAAAAGUCGAAGAAAGUGGCGUUGGUGUUGGAUCCUCCCUUUGGGGCGCUGGCACGAGUUAUCAGUAACAAUAUAGACCAACUAAAAGCCUUGGUUAAGGAAAUAAACCCGGAGGCUGAGAUCGUUGUUUACUGGAUAUUCCCUCAUUUCCUUUCGAAGCACAUCACAGAAGUACAGCCUACUCUUAAGAUGUGCCACUUCAUGGUGGAGUAUGAGAACCAUCCUGUAUUCAAGAAAAACAACAGCACCAAAUCUCCUGUCAGGAUCCACACUGACCAGCCCCUAUCUGAGAUAACCCUCCCAGAUGAGAACUAUAAGGAAUGCGAGAAGUGCAAGUCUGGGGUACCCAAAGAGGUGAUACACUGCACCAAGUGUGGGUGUUGCCCUCCGAUAAACAGGACCACUAAGCACUGUGUCAAGUGUGAGAGAUGUGUUAGAGAUCAUUAUCUUCACUGUGACGUGUGUGAGGGGUGUCGUCCUAGUGUUCAUCACUGUAAAUCUCCAUCUGUCUGCCACAGGUGUCAGCAGCCCGGGCACAAGAGAAGAUACUGUCCGUUUGUUACUGGCAAGAUUCCAAGUGGAACAGAAAAAACCCCUGCUGCUGUAGUUACUAUUCCUGAGGAGAAGAAAUCUGAUGGAAAAUCAUAUUUUACACUUUCCACUGACGAGGAGAAGAAGAAUUUGAGAAAAGAAAGAAAAAGGAAAAAUAAAGAGGCAAAGAUAACAACAAAGAAGAUUAAAGUGGCGGAAGAUUGACACGAUUGUAUCUCCCCUAGUUCACUUUUUAAACAUUUUUAAGUCCGUUUUUAUAUGUCCCGAUAGUAUUGUCGUGUAUUUGGCUUACACGACGUACUUUAAUUGACUAAGAUUUAUGGUGGAGGGGUUUUA